AUGCAUUUGGUUAUGACACACCUGCUCAAUGGAAAAGGAGAGGUGCGGUUCCUAGUGGGCGGAAUUGGUUGGGGUGCUGCUCAUUCAGUGGCGAGCAGCUUCAUACUCUUCUGGGUUGGAGCCAGGGCGUCCGCUUUUUCGUGGCGAUGGAUUCAGAUGGCACUCGAGUCAUCUUCUGACCUACUUCUAUUCGUCGCAAUGGCAGCCUUAACAUGGAUGGCAACUCGCGCAUCCAGCAGACACCUGGUGUUCAUGCUUCUGACCGCUUGCGUAUUCCAUACAUUCGUUUAUCAGAUGUUGUAUUCUGUACUCCAUAUUCGUGGUUGGCUGAUGGUCAUAGCUCGCUUUGCUUUCUCGUCUGCCAUAGCCACUGGAACAUUUUUAGCCUAUUCCGUAGCUGGAAGCCCAGAUUUGGGGCCAAUGCCGCCAACAGUAGAAGACUAUGUCAUUCCGGACGAGACGUCAUUGUUGGGCCCGUGUGAAGGUGUUCAAAUCGAGCCAUCAAGUGAAUUUGUAACGCCUUUAUCUCCAACAAAGCGAUUUGGUGCUCGCAUAGCGGAAGACUCAGUUAUUCCGCCCGAAUCUCCGGACAUGAAGUUUGCUCGAGAUAGGCUUGGGACUUUACUAACGUCUAUACGACAAGGUGAGACACCGUGGCUAAAUCCGUUGGACAAGAAGCAGUCAGCGGAAGCGAGCGAGUUGCGAAGAGGACCAGGCCGACCGAGGAAAGUACAGAACAAGGACAAACAAGUUGUGUUCGAGUUACGUGGCAAACCCUUCGGUCUACGCGAUGGUCAUACAGAUUCAAUGUAUCAGCUAUGCAGA